AUGCGCACAUCAGUUCUGAUCGCGGCUUCCGCCGGUGCCAUCGUCACCGGCUUACUUGCCUAUGCCGCCUACUUCGAUCAUAAGCGACAGACCGAUCCUGAGUUCCGCAAGUCCUUGAAGCGCAAUAACCGCAAGUUGGCCAAGGCGGUCCAGGAGGAGCAGGCCGCCCACGGCGCUGCGCGCCGUGAUGCGAUCAAGCGGGCUGUCCAGCAAGCCAAGGAGGAAGGUUUCCCCACUGAUUUGGAGGAGAAGGAAUCCUACUUUAUGAACCAGGUUGCCAAGGGCGAGGGUCUGUGUGCCGAGGGCUCCCAAAACAUUGAGGCUGCCCUUGCCUUUUACAAGGCUCUCAAGGUGUAUCCCCAGCCCAAGGACCUGAUCUCUAUCUACGACAAGACCGUGCCCAAGGAGUGCCUGGAGAUCCUGGCUGAGAUGGUCGCGAUGGACACGAGCCUCAACCUGGGUGGCUCAUUCACUGGCGGCGAGGAGUCUGUUGGCGGCUCUGACAACCACGGUGUUGAGUAA